CUCGCAACGCGGUUGUGUCAAAACGGGACAAUGUAUUUUAGAUAAAAAGACAAAAGUGACAUUUUGAGCCGUGAAGAAAUAAAUGUGAAGAAUGUUCCGGUGGACGGUUGUAGUGGUUGCGCUGUGGGCAACCACUAACGCGUUGGAGGAUUUUAAUGUGACCGAAAUUGACGACGAAAUACUGCCUUUUGUGAACAAAAAUGGCGACACGGUUUACAUAACGAGGGACCUUAUGAGGAAAAUAACCGAGGAGUCUGAAGUGUGGCACUGGACGCCCUGGCUCCGGACGAGGACAGAGCUGCUGAACAAUGUACUCACCGAAGUACCGUGCUUCCAAGCCAGCUCGUCAGAUAGUUUCCCGGACAGCUUCUUUGACGAGGACCAGUUGCGUCAAGGUGCUUUCUUACUGUACGUGCUCUUCGGAAUUUACUCCUUCACUCUGCUGGCGAUAGUCUGCAAUGAUUUCUUCAUUCCGUGCGUGGAACUGAUAUGCGAGGAUUUGAAAAUACCCCAGGAUGUUGCGGCGGCGACUUUCAUGUCCGUUGCUACGUCGUGCCCGGAGUUCUUCGUGAACGUAAUAUCAACGUUCCUGACGCAAUCUGAUAUGGGUAUCGGGACUAUCGUUGGAUCGGCGAUAUUCAACCUCCUCGGUGUAGCCGCGAUCGGCGGUCUCGCGGCCAUUAGGCCAAUCAAAAUCAAGUGUCGACCGGUGACACGAGACGUUUUGAUCUAUAUGUUUAACGUUGGCGUUCUGGUGGCGAUAGUAUGGGACGGGCAGGUGGAAUGGUAUGAAGCUUUGGUACUCGGGAUCCUCUACAUCUGUUACUUCGUACUGAUGUUCAACAGCGUAAGACUGUUCCGACUCUACGAUAGAUUGAUAGCGAAGAUGUGUAAUAAGAAGAAUAGUGAAAUUACCGUACCAGAUCUAAAAGAAGAUGGCAUUAGCAACAAAGGAUUCGACAGUGAUGAACCAGAGACAAACAACCACGAAAAAGUCACUGACUUAGACGAAGAAAUCAAGCCAAAGAAGAGUAUCUUUCGGUUUCCGAGCGAAAAGUCCAUGGUGUACAAAAUAUGGUGGCUGUAUGUUUGGCCGCUCAGGCUGGUGCUGGGCUUGACUAUACCUUCACCUGUGUCCUACAGAAGGUUCUAUCCGUUUGCCUUCAUUAUGUGCAUCAUAUGGAUCGGCGUCAACUCCUAUUUCGUCUCGUGGAGUAUGACCAUUAUUGGUGAAACUCUCUUUAUCCCCGAGUCGGUGAUGGGUAUGACCUUCCUCGCCUUCGGAGGCUGCUUGCCGGAGGCCUGCUCCAUAUUCAUCAUGUCCAGAAGAGGUGAGGGAGGCAUCGGCGUAUCCAACGCUUUGGGCGCGAAUUCUCUCGCGAUCCUCUUCGCUUUGGGCAUCCCAUGGCUCAUCAAAACGGCCACAGCCACUCUUCAGGCCGCGGAGGAUACAGUGGUGUGCAUAAACUCGGCGGGUAUAGACUUUGUAGUGGGUUCCCUUCUAGUCGCGGCCAGCCUACUGUGGGUUACGCUCUUCAUUGGCAAAUUCAAACUACGAAAAUCUAUUGGAGGUAUAUUCCUAGCUCUUUACGCUAUUUUCAUCACCUUCGCUAUUCUAGUUGAGAUAGGCAUCUUUUUUGAUAGAGGAAUGGAUACCUGUUGAUGUUACGCUUUUGUAAAUAUUUUUUAUGUGAUUGAAACUGUGCGGAUUUUCAAUGCGUGAUUUUUGCCAAACGUUCUAUUUAUUUUUAUGAACAUUUAUUUGACUGUGUAAAAUGUGAGAAUUAUUUUUUUUUCCAUCUCUUUUCCAAAAUUAAGAAAACUUCAUGAAUAUGUAAUUUAUAGCAAAGGAUAUAGUUUCGAAACUUCCUUGUGAAAUAGAUGGGUAGAGCUUGUCUAAUCUGAAAUGACGCGCCCACCACUUCACUAGUUGAUAUGAAAAAAAAUGUACUGUGGUCUGUGAAUAUGAGGGAGGGCCUUGUCAUAUUUUUAAGUUAGACAAGCCCUUCAUAGCUUAUAAUUAAAGACAGCGAUGUACAGGUUUUCGUCAUUGUAUAAAAUCUGAAAGUUUUAUUUAUUUAUUUAUACUUUUGCACAAUGUUAGUACAUAGGCGGACUUAAUGCCAAAUGGCAUUCUCUACCAGUCAACCUUUAAGUUUUCCUGUAUGUGACCCCAUCAGAGCUAAUAACGACCAGCAACUAUGGAGUUUUCUUCGCGAUUACUUUAGGAGGUUGUAUCCAGUCUACCUAAACUUCGAUAAAGUAUAAAGCAAAUUUUUUAAAUCUCACAUUCUUCGGGAGAAGUGUAGGAAUCUCGUGCCUUACUGCCGGACAUUUACGAUAAAUGUUUCCAACUGCCACACCACCUCAUUUAAUACCAGGGGCGUAGCCAGGAUUCUAUAUAGAGGGGGGGCAUAGAUCUUUAGUGGGGGAGGGCAGAUUGAGAUAAUCCUAGACUUUGAAUUCGUGAUUUUAACAUGAGUAAUGAGUAUCUCACAAUUAUAGUAUUGAAGGUGAGUUAAAAACAAAGUAUGAGCGAGCGAACUGGGAUUGAAUGCCUCCCCUCUCACCCCUCUACUCCUUCCGCUCCGAUCGCUCUUAGAGGG